AUGAAGUUUACCACUGCCGUUUCCGCCUUCGUGCUUGCUGGCUCCGUUCACGGCCAGAACUGGCUACAGAACGCCCUGAAUUCCUGCCUGCAGUCGGAGCAGGAAUGCCAGGCCAAGCUGGGCAGCCAGAUGGCGUACCAGGACAUUGUUUGCCCCGACCAGAGCGGUGUUUUCCGUGCCGCUGGCGACGAACUUUGGAGAGUGUGGUGCGAUCAGAAGAGCGAAAGGGGCAGCGAGAUUUCAGUCGUCUCCGCUACCUCUAACCAUGACUGCCUGGACAAGUGCGACCAGGUCAAGGUGUGUUCCAGUGGUGAUUAUGAAAUUGCUACGGGGCGCUGCAGGCUCCUGGAGGGCGGCGUCAAAGUCGUCGGUCCCUUCUAUGACGGGUACCGUGUGCCUGCACCGGGGUUCAUUGCUUUCAACCAUGUUGGCCGAAUGGAUAAGAUUAAUUAG